AUGGAUCCUUCUCAAUCAGAAGAUGCCCCCGCCGAGUUUGUUACUGGAGGCAUACCAAGUAUCAGGAUCCAGGAGCCCGAAGUAGGUCUCGCGCCCCUACCGGAGAAUGCCGGGGGCACGAACCGCCCAGAUGAGGCGUUGAUAUAUGUACCACUGGAAGAAAUCACUCGACCGUCAACAGCCAACAGCUCCGUCCCCUCAACUAGGAGCGGUACCUCUUCCCCCCCAUCUGUCUACUCGGACGAGGAACCAAGCCUAUGGAAGUCAGAGUCAAUCCAGAAGCCUGUGUGUACCUCUGAGAUUCAUCCUGAAGACACUCCUGAAUCCCAGUCCACACCACCGUCUCCGUCAGCAUCCCCGUCAGCAUCCCCGCUUCCGUCACCGACGCCAUCUCCGGCAAUACAGAUUGAGGACGCUCAAGGACAUCCUCAUGCUCCUCCUUUCCAACAGCCUAUACCAAGAAGAGAACGCCCGAGUUCCGUGAUGCGCCUAGUCAAUACUCCUGAACAUUCUCGACCUUUUAAUUCUUGCCCUGCAUCCCCGGAUCUAGUCGAUUCAGCCCCCUUCCUUCGCCCUAGUACAGCUCCUCUAUUCGACCACGAUGACAAACAUUUUCGACGUACACCAUCAAGAGCAUAUGACGAAUGGGAGACAAGAAGAAAAUGGAUGUUGGUGUUAAAGAAUGAGCAAGAUACUACGAAGCCUCCCGAAGAACCCACAAGCGAUGAUGAGGGAUCGAGUGAUGAUGGGGAAUCGAGUGAUGAUGAUGAUUCGCUUAGACCUGAUUGUAUAGCCAUAUUAGAUGAGUUGAUGAAGCUUGAGGGUCUUGAGGAAGUCAAGCAGAUGUUUUUAGACAUUCUCACCAAGGUCGAAAUCUGCAAGAAACAGGGAAGAGACCUCAAGAAAGAGCGAUUCAACAUAGUAUUUCAGGGAAACCCCGGGACAGGCAAAACCACCGUUGCUCGUCUGUACGCGAAGUUCCUCCACGCCACUGGUAUCCUGGACUCUAGCACUGUAAAGGAGACCACAGGCAUGGAGAUUGCUGCAAAAGGUGCCAGAAGAAUCAAGAAUAAGAUCAAAAUUAUGAUCCGAAACGAUGGCGGGGUGCUCUUCGUGGAUGAGGCCUACCUGUUGACAGCCGAGUAUAUGGAUGGACUGGGUCGGAGAGCUCUGGACAUCAUUCUCACUGAAAUGGAAAAUAACAUCGGCAAGCUUGUGGUCAUUUUCGUGGGAUACAAGACUGAGUUGGAACCCUUUUUUGAGCAUAACCCAGGACUGUCGAGCCGGAUUCCCUAUACCCUCAAUUUCGCUGACUUCACUGACUGGGAACUAUGGAAGAUUAUGCAUAACCUUAUUGUCGACCAAUACCAAGGACGCAUGGUCGUCGAGAAGGGUAUGAAAGGGCUAUACAUGCGCAUUGCCAUCCGCCGCCUUUCUCAGAGUCGAGGUAGCAGGGCCUUCGGAAACGCACGAGCCGUGGAAAAUCUUUUUGAAACCAUAUCCAAGCGACAGACGAAACGCUUGGGGGAAGAAGAACGACGAGGCCUCAGACCCGAUCACUUAUUUCUCACCCAGGCGGACAUAAUCGGACCAGAUCCCUCCAAGUCUGCAACAAGAUGCCCAGCCUGGGAUGAGUUGCAAAAGCUUAUCGGGCUUGACCAGGUCAAAGAUUGUGUGAAAAGGACUAUUGGAAUGAUCUCCACGAAUUACAGACGUGAACUCAAAGAGAGGAAGCCAUUGAAGCUGUCGUUGAAUCAGAUUUUCGUCGGUGCACCUGGCACGGGAAAAACCACCGUAGCAAAGCUCUAUGGUCAGAUAUUGGCUGAUCUAGGUUACUUGAGCCGAGGGGAUGUUGUGCUAAAAACCCCGGCGGAUUUCAUCGGGGAGUGUCUUGGCAAGUCGGAAGCCAAAACGAAGAGGGUCCUUGAAGCUACGAUUGGCAAGGUACUCGUAAUCGACGAAGCGUAUAUGCUUGAUGCGGGAGAUCCUGGCAAAGAGCAAGAUAAGUUCAAAACUGGCGUAAUUGACACCCUCGUCUCCAUGAUACAAGGGGUUCCCGGAGAGGACCGGUGCAUCAUUCUCGUCGGUUACGAAGACAAGAUCAAAACGAUGUUUCGCCAUGUGAACCCCGGUCUGUCACGCCGGUUCCCCAUCGAACGACCUUUCCGUUUCGAAAAUUUCAAUGUUUCGCAGCUAGUACAGAUUCUACGCAAGAAGCUGGCCGAGAGUGACAUUGAGUCUUCACCCGAUGCUAUCAAGACGGCCGAAGCGAUGUUUGAGCGGGCGCUCAUGCGUCCCAACUUCUCAAACGCAGGCGAGGUCGAAAGUUGCGUCGCUACAGCUAAUCUUAACUAUGAGGCAAGGAUUUCAAGGCAACCUCCUAACUUACAAGAUUCCGACGCUGUCUUCGAGCCUGAAGACUUUGACCCGGAUUGGAAGCGCGGCUGGCAGGCAGGGGAGCUCGACUGUCGGACGGCUCUAGAGGGGCGAGUUGACCCAGAUAUCGUUGCUGCACUUACAACACUCCACAAAAAUUGCAUUGGGGCAAGAAGCUGUGGUAUCAAUCCUAGAGACCUGAUUCCAACAAACUUCAUCUUCAAAGGACCACCCGGUACAGGCAAGACCAUUACUGCGCAACAGAUGGGAAAGCUUUUCUACGGAAUGGGGUUCCUAUCCACAAACGAGGUCAUCGAAUGCUCUGCGGGUGAUCUGCUUGGCCAAUACAUCGGUCACACCGCUCCCAAAACGAGUCAGAAACUUCAAGAGGCUAUGGGCCGAGUCCUUUUCAUUGACGAGGCCUACCGAUUCAUCGGCUCGAAGUACGCGGCAGAGGCUCUGGACGAAUUGAUCAAUUUUCUCACCAAGCCCGCGAACCAAGGAAAAACGAUUGUGAUCCUUGCAGGGUAUACCGAAGACAUGAACUUGCUCUUGUUAACACGGCACAUUCUCGCAGGUCUCUUCAGAGAUGAAAUUGUUUUCAACCACAUCCCGCCCCAUCAAUGCAUGGCACUUCUUGCUCGAGAGCUCAGCAAAGUCAGCAGAGCAUUCGACGGGCAGAGCUUCCUCACGGACCCGGAGGCAGAAGACUACAAGAAAGUCCAGAGGUUAUUUCGCGCUUUGCAGGUAAUCCCCAGCUGGAGCAAUGCUCGAGAUAUCAAGCAUAUUGCUAGGAAAAUUACAGGAAGGUAUCUUGCGUCCCGAAAUGACGGCACUUCAUCCAACGAGCGCGGAUUCCUCGCAGCAGAGCAGGUGAUCGACUGCAUGAAGGAAAUGAUAGUGCAGCAGCGUGGUCGCUACCAGCACCUGGGAUCGAGGAACAACACACAACAGCCACUCUUGGAGCCGCCCAUGGGAGCGCCUGACCCAACUCUAGGGAUGGCGAACCCUCAACUAGCGCCGCCGCCUGCCGGGGUUGAUACGGAAAUACUCACUCCUGGGGCUGGAGAGACCCGCGCAGUAGAUUCCAGUAUACAUGUCGACUCUCAAUAUCCAUCGCUACAGCCAGUAGAUAUAGCCACGGCAGUCGAUAUUAUCCGGCCCUAUGAUGUGGGCACCGGUGGCGAUCAAGGUCACCACCACCACCACCACCAUAGCGCGGGUCCCGAGAACGGCGUAUCCAUCGCCGUGUGGAACCGACUACUCGUGGCCCAGCAGGCUGAGAGCACUAGACGCAACCAUAGAGACGCGCGGCUCCAGCACCUCCGCCGCGAACUGCACGAGAAGGAAGAGGCAUUGAGACAUGGUGGUAACACGGGUAGUGGCGGUGGCACUACCGGCUUGGAGGCUACAUGCAACGGCCUUCGAAAAGAGGUGAUGGAUAUCGAGAAGCAAAUGCAGGAUGAGGAGAAAAUCCAGCAGGCUCUCGAAACAGCCAACAAAUGUGUGUAUGGAUUUCCAUACGUUAGGGAUGGCAAUGGCUAUCGCUGCACCGGGGGCGCGCACUUUAUACCUGAUUCCGUGGUACACGCGAAUCUUGGCUGA